ACAUCAUCAUUUCGCCUGUGAGCGACUUUACAUUGGGAUAAUGACGUAAGGUAUAAAAUACAAAAUAAAAUAAAUAAUUUCGGCUUAUUGUUAUUCAUCACUUGUUUGAGCAUAACGUUUCUUUGGUUAAAUCGGAAAUCUUAUAUUGGUUAUUUUAUUCUUAUCGAAUAUUCGGUCGUAAAGAUUUUCAAGUCAAUUUAAUUUGAAAUUGCGUUCAUUCGAAUGCUUAGAUUGAUACUGAUUUUCAGGAUAUUUUAAGUAAUGCCGGUAUAGUACUUUUUUGAAAGAUGAUCAAAUUUCUAUACUUGCUUUCAGUAAUAGCAUUUUAUAUAAUAAAAGAUAUCGAAUGUUCGAAUAUAUAUGAUGCACUACGAAACUACUACGAUAGUGAUAUACACACACAGUUUGAAAAGGAAUGGAAGCAAUAUAGGCAUGCUUUUGAAAACGAAAUUGCAUCGAGUCUGCAGCAAAACUUCGGUUCCAAAGCUCUAAAUAUCUACGAGCCGGAUAGGCACGAUGCACACUACCUUGCAGGAGGCUUCCAUCUAACAGACGGCGUGGUGAUGGUAUAUUUCUUUGAAAUGGUAUUAAGAGAACUGCCAGCUCUGAUAGGACCGAAGCUGAAUUUAGACCUGCCCUCUAACUACGUGAAGGUGGAGUCGAAAGUAGAUCGCAUGUUUAUAGACACGACAUACUACGUAGCGAGGAAUUCCUCCUCUGUGAUAUACGCCAGUCCAGAUGACCAGAAAGACCUCUCACCCUUCAGCUUACAGCAGGUCGACAACUUCGGAAGAGUGGUAAUAGUAGUCGAAGACUGUUCACUAUCCGGUAUUUCGAUAGCAACCAUGAACGGGGACUCUGUCAACAUGGGACACAGCAGUUUCAUGCUCAGCAAUUGCAAGUUUACGGUCGAGAUAUCAACACCUAACUCAGGAGCACCGCCAGUGAUUGCGCCAUAUUUCCCUAAGGGGCCAAAGGAAAAGCUGGAAAUUGUUAUUUCGAAGCCCAUUCGCGAGGAAUUGCAUACAAAGCUGCAGGGAGCUAUGUAUAGCUACAUCAACACUACUGUUGUGCUCGGAAGCAAAGUGUCCAACUUCAGAAAUAGUCAACACCAACUGUUUAAAAGCUACGCUGAGUUUAUGACGGACUACGUUGCAAAAGUAAAUCAAAAGACGUUGACAGCGAACAAAGGACAUGUCAACCUGGCGAAUUACGAAAUUCUCAUGAACACAGAAACGGACAAGGCAAAAUGGCAGUGCCACAUGGCUCUGAAAGACGUGAUGUUGUACGGACUCGACACAGCUUACGUGGCGCGCUCUGGAGGGCCUUAUAAAGACGGCUCGGAGCCUAAUACCGCGGCUGAUGCAGUCACCUUCAGUUCCAUACAGAUACAUGGUAAAGUUAGCCAUGAUGACGAUGGCAAAGGAAGUACGACGCAUGAUUUUGCUGCCGAACUGACGGACAUCACUGUGAACAUUAUUAUCGACAUACAGAAAGGACGGACCGAGUUACGAGAUAUUCUUUUGACGGGUUGGAGGUCCUUGGAGUUCUCAAUCAUCCCGUGGGAAACACAAUAUACAGAUCGGCACGGAUAUCAAUCGUUGGUGUAUGGUCAUAUGCUGAACGAGUUACCAGUACGAAUUAAAGAUCACUUGACAAGUAUAUUAGGUGCACCCAUCGAUGGAAAUAAGCAAGGCGACGAUGACAACAACUAUGAUGAUGGUGGUGAUGGUGAUGGUGGUGAUGGUGAUGGCGGUGAUGUUGCUGGUAAUGAAGAAGAGGGAAGGGAUGAAAAUGGAGGUGUAGAUGACAAUGACGAUUCUGGAGAUAACACUGCUAAAGAAAAGCAAUUGAAUAAUAAAGAUGAAUUCUUCUCUGAUGGUCUGGACGAGAAUUUCUUCUCGGAUGAAGAGUUCUUUUCUGACGAUGUUCUUGAUGAAAAUUUCUUCAGUGACGAUAAUUUAGAAAAUGAUUUUCUGUCAGAAUUUGAAACUGAUGGCAAAAAAGAUAAUGUUGAAGACAAUGAAGUAUUGGGUGGUGGAGAGCCUAGUGAAAAUAGUGAAGAU